GAUACCACCGAGCAUCGUACGGUUAACAGAAGUUCUCCAUUGCUGUUCCGAGUGCGUUUCCCGUCGGCCGGAUAUAACGACUAAAAAAAUAUAAAACAAAAACCUGGCGAUCGGUUAUCCAUUAUUUUUCUUCAUUUUAAUUCGGUAAAUAAAUUGAAAAAUUGAAAAAAUAUAUAACAAACCAAGGACUGAUAUUAGUAUCAAUACAGUUGAUAUCGACGUUAGUAAUAGCGUUAGAGUAACGACGUAUUAUACAUUUUUUUGGUUUAUUUGUCGUUGAAAAAUAUUAAUUAGUCUCACCGACAUUUGCCGAUAAAUAACCAACGGAUAUUUCAUGUCCAUCGGUAUCUGAUAUCUGUCGGCUGUAACAAUAUUAACAACUGCUCAACUCCAUUGAACAUACAAACUAUACAAAAUACGUUGAGUAUUUUGUUCGUUAAAUCGGUGAACAACAGGUACGAGUUACAUCGGAAUUUAUCAUAUUUUCGGUGAUUUUUUUUUAAAGUGGUAAACUUGAUUCCGGGGGUCCUACCUGAUCAGCCCCUCGACGCCCCACCUCAGCAUCGAAAGAAAGAGAGAAAACGUAUCGUCGAUUUCCAGUAGGAGAAUAACUAUUGUAAAGCCAACAUGGCUGACCAACUCACGGAGGAACAAAUUGCCGAAUUCAAAGAAGCAUUCUCGCUCUUUGAUAAAGACGGUGAUGGCACCAUCACUACCAAAGAAUUGGGAACUGUCAUGCGUUCACUUGGUCAAAAUCCAACAGAAGCUGAGCUACAGGAUAUGAUUAAUGAAGUAGAUGCUGACGGCAAUGGAACCAUCGAUUUUCCUGAAUUCUUAACGAUGAUGGCCCGCAAAAUGAAGGACACCGACAGUGAGGAGGAAAUCAGAGAGGCAUUCAGGGUGUUUGAUAAAGAUGGCAAUGGUUUUAUAUCAGCAGCAGAGCUCAGACACGUUAUGACAAAUUUGGGUGAAAAAUUAACCGAUGAGGAGGUAGAUGAGAUGAUCCGAGAGGCGGAUAUCGAUGGUGAUGGCCAAGUUAAUUAUGAAGAAUUCGUCACAAUGAUGACAUCAAAGUGAAUACAACCAGUGUGCUGGGAAAACUCGCGACUUGGAGUGGUGUUGACGUACUAAAAAAAAAUUCAAAUAAACAACAACAACAAAAGUGGAUUUAAAAAACCAACCUUGUACCAGGAUGUAAAGAAGUCUUAAAAAAAGAAACAAAAAAGCAUAAUUGAGAGCCCUUAUUACUUAUCAAGAGGACAGCAGACCUGGUGAUAUUUAAUUGUUUUCUUUCUUUUUUUUUUAAUUAAAACCAAUUAUUUCAUUUUUUUUGCCUUCAAUAUUUAUCAUCAAUAAAUCUUAGGGACAGAGGCUUUUUAAGUUUUUUCUCUCACACUCUCAAUCUAUCUCUCACACUCUCACACACACACACACACAACACACACUUUUUUUAAGUGUUUAAUUGCGUUAUCAUCGUUUAUGCUGUUCCCUUGAAUGAUGAAAGAUAAAAAUAACAAAAAGCAAAAAGAUGAGAUAAUACAAUGUGUGUUUGCCACGUUUGCAUGAUGUACGAACACCAAUCGGUGAGUGAAAAAAAAAUCAUAAUGAUGAAGCAAAAAACAUCACUGACGAAAAAAAAAAUUAUUAAUAUUAUGAAAAAAAAAAAAAAUUCAAGGUGUAUGCACGGAAAACUUGCGCUUAAUCGAAGAAAAAGGAAAACAAUUCUCCAUCUUUCACGUGAUAAUUUAAAGAAUUUCCAUUUGUUUCUAUCCUCUUCUCUCCCCCUCCCCCUCCCCUUUUGCUUCCAUCACCCUCCGAGAAGAAUCCCUUCAAUGAAUAACUCUAUCCUCUUGAAUAAUAUGAAACUCUUCAUGCGCUUUUAAAUGAACAAAAAAAAAUGAAAUAACAGAAAGUAUGAUUCGAAUAAGCUUUUCCGUGAAUAAAGUUUGAUGCACCUUUUCCAGAAGAGGGAAAUCACAUAAUAAUGAAAGAAAAUACAAGUUCGUUGCUAAAUUUAAUGUUAGUUAAAGAAUAACAAAAGAAGAAAAUACCACGAAGUCGUCAUUGGCUGUGGGUUCAUCAAAUUUUGUUCCAAGUGUACAUUUUUUUAAGGAAAAAAAAAAUAUAUGUGUAAACUAAAUUAAAAUUAGAAAAAAAAAUGAUUAACACGAGUACAGACACAUUAUACACAUACACUCAUACAUAAAUACACACCUCAACACACACCCCUUCUUUUAAAAUUAAUGAAAAGAAACGUAUAAUUAAAAACCAAAACCAAUUAUUAAAAAAUAAUAAAAAAAAAUACUUUAUGCUCAUUGUUACAUGUAUCGAGAGAGCACUGUGCUCCAUCCUCCAUUAAUUACAAGUUUAAAAUUACACUUGUAUUACAUUAUAAAAAAAACCACACAUACACGAAAAAAAAAGAAAUGAUUAAAAAAUACAUGAAUAUCGAUAUAAA